AUGCUGCAAGACCCCUCCUCCAACAAGAUCAUUGGGGACAGUUUCGACAUUGCAAAUUACCUUGAAGACACGUUUCCAGAUUCUGGCGGCUGUCUCUUUCCGAAGGACUCCAAGGGCACAGGACUGGAUUAUGAGAGCCCGAAUAAAGAUACCAUGUUCUUUGCGCCUCUGACGCUAAACGAGGGUGCGAAGAAUGAAGCGUAUGCAAAGUUCAAUACGCAUGUUGAUGCGACGUUUUCUGCGCAUGUCAUCCUUGUCUCGCAGUACAUGCCGUUUAAUCCCGAGACUGCAGAGGCCGUAAAGGCGCAAAUGUGUAAGCGAGCGCAUUUGGAGUCUUGGGAUAGUGUAAGCAUUCAGGGCGAGGCUAGGGAACAGCUCAAGGUGGCGUUCAAGGCGGCGCUGAAGUCACUAGCAGACUUCUUUGUGGUAAAUGAGGGAGGGCCCUUUUUGGAGGGCGAAAAGGCAAACUAUGCGGAUCUAAUCGUGGGUGGGUGGUUAAACAUGUUGGCGAAGUGCAUGCCAAAGGAGGAAUGGGAGGAUUUCAAAGAAUGGCAUGGGGGCAUCAUGUCUUCGCAGCUAGAAUACAGGCCCUUAGCUGAUGAUGAAUUUCGCCUGCUAACACUUUUACCUGCGGCGUCGCUUUCAGCGCCACUCAGAGUUCAGAUCUUCCACAGCAACGUGUGUACUCCACAAGAAUCUUACGCGGCAUUGUCAUAUACCUGGGCAUCGAAAUUGGAAGGCAACGAUGACAGCAACGGUGAAGUCUUUGAGUCAGUAGAUAUCGACGGCCACAAGACAUCUCUCCACCAGAACUUGGCCAUGGCAUUGCGCUCUAUCCGCCUCGAGGUUCCGCAGUGUAUUUGGGCCGACGCAAUAUGCAUAGACCAGUCCAAUACAGCUGAGCGCAAUGUUCAAGUAACGCUCAUGCGACAAAUAUUCUCGAAUGCUACGAGUGUUCUGGCAUGGCUGGGACCAGCUGCAGAAGGCAGUGAUCUGGCGAUGAACUUCCUUGCACAUCUAGCAAGGCAUUCUCGCAAGGAACACAUUGGAGCUUGGCUCGGGAACGAAGGCAUGCACCCCUGCUAUUAUUCUACCUGGGAAGGCUUGAGGGCCUUGAUGGCCCGAAACUGGUGGAAAAGAGCAUGGAUUGUACAAGAGUUCGCACUGGCUCAGAACGUCAUCUUCAUAUGUGGUAAUCAUCGUCUUUCGGCAGAUGAUCUAGAGGCAGCGGAUCGUCUGAUCUUCAUGGAAUUCACGCCGUCAAAGAACGAACGGGUCACCGCUCUAGUCAAAGCUGUGGAUAUCAACCCAAGGGUUCUUGAUCCUGCAAGGAACCUGAUUAGCCUGCGCCGACGUUUACAAAAAGGCGAAACGCUUUCCGCUCUUGCAACUCUCCAGAUGACCAGGCUGACCGAAGCAUCCGACCCACGAGAUCACUUGUUUGCCAAGAUCGGGCUCAGUGGACGCGAGCUGGUAGACUUGUGCCCACCUGACUAUGAUGCCGAGCCGGAGAACAUCUGGUUUACCUUCUUGUCUGAGUACAUCAAGCAAAAGCGAGACUUGUAUGUCAUAUGUAUGGCAGGAAUGCAACCGAGAACGUAUUCGCAUUUACCCUCCUGGCUACCAGACUGGGGCCCUUCGAAACCACAAUACAUGCUUUGCUCGCUUUUCACAGGUGACAAAGGGCAGUGGCCUUUCUUUGAAGCUUCGGGGGGUGCUGGUGCAGUCGCAACAAUCUCGAGCAAAAGGAUCCAAGCAGAUACUGUCCUAAGAUGCCUGGGAGUUGUGGUGGACACCGUGGACGGAGUCGCUGGUGAUCCAUGGUGGACUGAAAGGCCCAGUUCUCUUCGCCAGUCACGAUGCGAGAAAAAUGCCUACGGGACAGAAGCUGGCGCGUUCGAGGCGUUGUGUAGAACGGUUACUGCAAAUACGAAUCGGAUGGAUUCUUGGAGCGCUCCUCCAACAGAAUUUAAAACUAUCUUCGCAAAACGUUGGCAGGAGUUGAGGACAAGCACUGCAGCGUACGAACUCGACCCUCAGCAACCACUUCCACUUCCGUUCUACGCACGUGCUUCAGGCUUUGAACGAGCCUGGCGCAGCAUGCGCGGGCUGAAGUUUGACGGGGUGGAUUUGCAGCAACUCGUCGAGACUGGGCUGGCAGCUGAACAAUACGACCACUCGACAUCUGCAUCAUCCAACCCUCUUUGGACAGCUCUCGAGCAUAGCGCCGGUCAAGCCUGUUUCGAACGGUUCGUAUUCACUACAAGCGGAGGAUAUCUUGGAAUCGGUUCUUCCACAACAGAGCCUGGAGACAAAGUCGUCAUACUCCUGGGUUGCAAGGUGCCGGUGGUAUUGCGGCCGCUUGAUCAGGGCGGCUACAAGCUAAUCGGGGAAUCGUAUGUAGACGGCAUGAUGUACGGUGAGAUGAUGAUGGAAGAAGUAGGACAAGGCAUAUCUUCCACGUCGAUUGAGUAUGUUGAUAUUCUCUGA